AUGAAAGCGUCGUCAAUAUCGUUUGCUUUUUCUAAGCGCUCCUCCUCGGGGGCUCUUCUUCUUUAUCUGUUUGCGCGAAGAGGAGGAGGAAAAGAGAGAAGGAUUCUAACGAACGUGCAUCACCCGCUUCAGAUGAGAAGAAUUUCGAAGAUGAUGAUGACGACUUCUUCUUCUUCUUCUCACGACGAAAAGGAGGAAAAGGAGGAAAAGAGCUCGGAGAGCAGUUUUAGGAAAAAGAAAAGGAGGGCGAACAAAACGAAGGGACCGCACGCGGCGACGAGAGAGGAAAAGAAAGCCGGAAAAUUUGCCAGAGAACAUGUUGCUGAUUUUACUAACGGUAUUGGUGAUGAUAUUGCGAAUAGAGACGACGACAUCGCGUUCGCGUUGGACACACACAACCGAAGGAUUUUAUACGUGGCCAGACGGACGAGCGACAUAAAAAGUUCCACGUUCAACUUAAUAUGCGGGUUAAGAGAACUCGCGUUUGAAGCGAAGGAGAGUGGACGGGAAAAGAGGAACUACGGGGACACGAAGUGCAGAGAGAGGAUGUUCGUCGUGCGUAAAGGAGGUGGUCGCGAGGAUGAUACGCGUUUGGAAGAAGAGGCGAAGAAGAAAACGAAGGUUUUGACGUUGUCUGAAUUUGAUCGAGCGGUUGUGAAAGUCGGUCACUCGAAGGUGUGCGUCAUACAGGAGGAAGAGAUGGAGGAGGUGGAAAACGAAAAUGACGACGAGGGAAGAGAAGGCGUUGGAUACGAGUGCGUGGACGUGACUGAGUUUAGCGAAAGAGCGUUGAUGCGAGGCAAAAUCGAAUCAGAUAGAAUGAUUGAAGAUGAGUUCGGGAGAGCGGAAGAAGCACAAAAUUCUUCGUAUCCGAGCGACGCGGAUGCGUUCUUCGUUCGAUUUUCCUCGAAUUCAAACAGAAGCCAAGAAGAAUCGAAAGGAGACGAAGAAGAAGAGGAAAAAGAAGAGCGCUUCGAGCGCGCCUCUCACAGAAAUGUCGUCGCCGCGCUUCGAGACGACGCGACCGGUAAAAUCAUAUCCUUGGCUAAAAACACAAACGGAGGGAACAAAAUCUUGCACGCCGAGAUGAACUUGCUCUUGAACCACGAGAAAACCGGUACGAAGAAAACGCUCCUCGUCACUUUGCAGUGCUGCCGAAUGUGCGCGGCGUUAUCGCAGCGCUACGCAAACGAGUUGAGCGAAGUUGUUUAUUUACGCGCGGAUACAGGUCCGUUGGCGAAAAUGACCGCGCUGCAAAUCUGCGAGGAAGGAAAGUUGCGCGAGAGAAAACACGCAGAGUGA